AUGUUGCACGCAGGCUCGAUGGCGUCUGCUGGUUUGGGAGCCGGUGUUCGUGGUUUGUCUGUGACAGUCAAGGUGAGGAUUGCGUGCCACUGCGAACGGUGGAUUGUUGGACCCUACGUAUUGUCGGAGAUGUUCGUGAGCCCUAGCCCUGUUAAGGGCCGGCGGACUUGGGGCUGCUGUUUAACUGUGUGUAUUAGCUCGCAUGAGAGAGGAGAGAGGGAGAAGGAGGAGAGGCCCCAAUUCUCGAGAGAACACGGGGACUCCGCACUAUCAUCCAAAGCCUCUCAGCACAUACCCUUAACGUUGUCCCAGCUGCGUCCUACGUAACGGCUACUUUUCGACUAUCUACUUCUACGCCCGAACACCCUCCCUGGUUCUGUACGCCAGUGAAGAACCUCUAGUGCGUCGAAAAUGUGUCCGAAAAAACGAAAAACAACGACAAACCUAAAGUAAAGGGGAAACCCGGCCACCGGAUCAAAACCCCUCAGAAAUUCAACGCCUCACGCCGAUCAUAUCACGAAAGAUU